GUCACACAAGUCAAUAGUUCUUGGCCCCUCUCCUCUAUCAGUGCAAAUUAAUACUGGAUUCCGCAGCAACCAACUGCCUAUCUAGUUGCAGAGGAAAGAAUGGGUACAGAAAUUUUUUACUAUUUGAUAAUCCCAAUUUGGAGUGUGACAAUUCUAUUGUAUCUUCUCAUAAGGUUUCUUCACAAAGUAUGGUGGAAACCAAUUCACAUACAAAAUUCAUUAGCUUCACAAGGAAUCAGAGGUCCUCCUUACAAAUUCCUCUAUGGAAAUACCCAAGAAAUGUUCAAAAUGGUAAGGGAAACCAUGAAGACACCCAUGGAGAAUUACUUGCAAUCUCAUAACAUUUUCCCUCAAGUUCAGCCUUACAGACAUUCAUGGAUCAACAUUUACGGUAAAAACUUUCUGAGUUGGCGUGGUCCGGAACCUCUAAUGUGCGUAACGGAGCCGGAGCUAAUGAAGGAGAUCUUAAAUAACAAAGAUGGAGUUUACUUGAAACCGGAAACUAAAGGCCAUGUUAAAAUGAUACUAGGAAAUGGUCUUUCUAUGAUAAAUGGAGAAAAAUGGGUUCAGCGUCGAAAAUUAGCUAAUCAUGCGUUUUAUGCUGAGAGUUUGAAGGGAAUGGUCCCUGCAAUGAUCACAGCAGUGGAGGUCAUGCUAGAGAAAUGGAAAUAUCAUGAAGGUAAAGAGAUUGACGUAUACGAAGAAUUUCGGAUAUUGACUUCUGAAGUAAUAUCAAGAACUGCAUUUGGGAGUAGUUAUUUGGAAGGGAAGAACAUUUUUGAGAUGUUGACGAAAUUGGUCAAGUUGGGUUCAACUGCAUCAGCAAAUAGUGCUUUCAAGAUAAGACUCCCUUUUUUUGAGAAAUUUUGGCGAAGUAAAGAGGAAGUUGAAAUGGAGAAAAUUUACAAUGGGAUUCGGAAUUCGGUUUUGGAGAUAAUAAAGAAAAGAGAAGAGAUGAUGAAGAGGGGAGAAUUAUCUGAUGGCUAUGGCAGAGAUUAUUUAGGUUUACUUCUAAAUGCUAACAAGGAUCCAGAUGAGCUCAAGAGGAUUUCAGUACAGGAUAUGGUUGACGAGUGCAAGACAAUGUAUUUUGCUGGACAUGAAACCACUGCAAGUUUGCUAACCUGGACUUGUUUACUUCUAGCCAUUCACACAGAUUGGCAAGACCAAGCAAGAAAAGAAGUGAUUGAGCUAAUGGGAGAGAAGAGUCAAAUAUUCGAUGAGAAAUGCAUCGCAAAACUGAAAAUCGUGAAUAUGAUCAUAAAUGAAUCGCUGCGGCUUUAUCCGCCAGUUCUGGGAUCUCCAAGAACAACUGAGAGCCAAGUAAGACUUGGAAAAUUUACUCUUCCAAGUGAUAUGAAUGUUGGGUUUUCUAUUAUAGCCGUACACCAUGAUCCCAAAAUCUGGGGAGAAGAUGUUCAUAAAUUUAAGCCCGACAGGUUUGGCGAAGGAAUAGUGAAAGCCACAAAUAACAAUCCCAUGGCGUUUAUUCCUUUUGGUUAUGGACCAAGAACUUGUGUAGCCUCCAACUUCGCAAUGAUCGAGAGCAAGAUUGCUCUGGCGAUGAUUUUACGAAGCUACUACUUUACUCUUUCGCCUGCUUAUGCUCAUUCGCCAGUUGAUCGCAUGGCUAUGCGCCCACAACAUGGACUUCAAAUCAUACUGCAUAAACUGGAUUAG